AUGGCUUUCCAGUCCAACUCCAGCAUCGCCAUGGCUCUUGCUGGCAAGACCGCUUCUGUUGAUAUCCCUCAGCCCCGUGCUGGCUUGACGGGCAAGUCUCAGUCACGCCCCGGCCAACCAACCAUGCUCCCAACGCCACCCAACUCCAUCUCCCCCACUCUCCGCCCGCAAGCAUUCAAACACCGCCCGACCCUCUCUCCAGGCUCCCCACUCUCCACCGUCCCCCAGCUGGACUCUGACAUUGACCUGGAGGAUGCCGUCGAGCACGCAAACUUCCAAGACCGCCCAACACCCUCCCACGACAUCGAUAGCGUCGGUGACAUCACCCCGCUCAUGCUGGCCAAAUACCAUCUGCCCGACAUCCUGCUGCAGCAGGGGCCCCUCGCCAUCCGCCAUGUAAUGGGCUACCUGACGACCUCAGUGCCCGGCUUCUCUGGCAUCCCACCCGCCAAAGCGCGCCGUCUCGUCGUCGCCGCCUUAGAGGGCCGCGGAAACGGGGAAGCAGCCAGCGUGAACGGCGACGUCGUGUUCGAGAAGAUCGGCUGGGGCCGCUGGGAUGCGCGUCGACGCGGGGACCCCGUGCGCGACCGUUCCUUCAACGCCGCAUCGCCUCCGUCCAGCGUGGCCGAAUCCUUCCAGCAGCGCGGACUGCAGAUCGAGGGCGGCUGGAACAGUCGGCGGGAUAGCGAGAUUCGGGAUCAGUACGCUAGCGCGGGCCGGAAUGAUUCGAUUGCGUUUUCGUAUGCGUCGUUUGCGGACGAGGAGUACGGGGCCAGGGGUCGUUAUGAGGAUCUUGAUAUGCUGGAGCACGAGGCGGAUAAGAUGUCGCUGGAUGGCGAUGAGCGCGAGUACUGCUCGUCUUCUGAGGCGCCGGAUGAGUUGCAGGAGGUCGAGUGGAAUGAGGGCGAUGUUACUGAUGAAGAGGACUGGGCGCAGAUUGGUGCGGAUGCAUUGCGUGCUCAGUCGAUGACUGGUGGUGGGGGGUUUGUUCGUAACAUGAAUGUUGCGGCGAGGGCGAAACCUCUUCCUGGGCUUUUUGGUCACGCCAACGGACCCACUCCAUCCACUAUGGCGAAGUCCACCCCCCACACCUUUGAUCACCAGGAACGCGCUGCGGUAGAGGCGCUUCUCCGUUUGGGCUCUAUGUAA